AAAAUGAUGGUCGCCGUCAAUAUCUCUUUGACACGGAACUCCUUAGUACGAGUUUAUGACUACAUCUCCUUUUUCUGUGAGUGUCGUGUUGCAGAACAACAUCUGGUGAAGCAAAUUCUGGAUCGUUGGUGUGGCAUCGGUGAAAUGUGGUGGCCAUUCCUCCAAACUUCAGGUCUACGACCAGCGUUCUCGUUUCCAUGACGUGUUUCAAUAAAGUUAUUUAUCACCCCGAGACGAGCUCUGUGGAUGUCCCGACACGCGUCAUUUGGGAUGAUCUGUACGCGGCUCUUGAGCCUUAUCAUGUCAAUGUCGUUGGCGGACGUGUAUCUGGAAUUGGCGCAACUGGGUUAACGCUCGGUGGGAAUACGACACGUUGUUUAGACUGUGGAUACCUAACCGAUCCGUCUGUUGUUGUGAGGGAUAUUCAUGGGUUAACGGUGUAUUCUGUCGCCGCAUUCGAGCACAUUCCACCGAGUGGAAGAGUCAUCGAGGUCACGGAUUAUACGUUCUCUGAUCUUUUCUUCGGCUUAAAGGAUGAGUUACUAUACUGCAUUCCCAUCGAGGCGUUGGUCUGA